UUGAAGUUGACAAAAAAGGACCCCUUCUCGGUGGAUGACUUGAAGCUGAGGUUUGAAGUACGUCAGGAGGCCACUCGUCCCUCUUUGGAGUUCUCUCGUCUUCCAUUCUUUUCUUUAGCGUUCCAGUCUUCUUAGACAGCCUCCGAUUCUGCCUUCACUCUCAGCCUAAAUGAGUCGCAACCCGGAGGUUCUUUGGGCUCAGCGCUCUGAUAAAGUUUAUCUGACCAUUGCUCUACCUGAUGCAAAAGACGUUUCUGUGAAGUGUGAACCUCAGGGCUUAUUCAGUUUCUCAGCAAAAGGGGUGCAAGGUGAAUCCUUUGACUUCAGCUUGGAACUUUAUGGCUCAAUAGUACCUGAGGGUUGUAAAACUAAAGUUGGGUCGAGGAACAUCCUGUGCUCAAUCCAAAAAGAGAAGAAAGGUUGGUGGAAAGGAAUAUUAAAGUCAGAAGAAAAACCUGCUCCUUACCUUAAGGUUGAUUGGAACAAAUGGUGCGACGAGGAUGAGGAAGAGUCAACUUCUGAUUUGGCCUCAGAUGAUGAUGAUGCUGCGUAUGUUGGUCAAGAUGAUGGAAGCACUGAUGACGAAGGAAUGCUCUGUAUUGCAUUGGCAGAUCUUCCUGACUUGGAAAAGGCAAGAGGAAACUAGCAACUGACAUGUAACAUGGAGCAGGUUUUUAUGUUCCAACCACUCUUCUUAGAAAUAGGUAAACGAGGGAAAGGUUAGUGAAUUAUGAACAUGACUUGUGUUAGUGUGCAUCUGAUUGAACUCAUGCUCAAAGAAUAGUCGGACCUUUUAUUUUCUGAGUUACCUUUGAUUGCUUGGGCUUGUAUGCCUGGUUGUCUGACCGGGUUUAUCUGGUAACUGCUUUAUGGGGUUCUAAGGGCUCAUUGUGCGGUUUCUGAUAUUCUUUUAUCAGUUUAGAAGCAAAGGAUAAUGAGUUCACAAGAAGAACAUUCAUUGCCCAA